CCCUGAGGAGUCUCGGAGAGCAAGGCCUUGGAGGCCUCAGUUGGAGGCCGAAGGUUGGAAAAGGACAAAUGUGGGAGGGUGCGUGGGUGUGGGAGACGCCGGGGUGAAGUGGUGUUGGGGGGACUACCCUAAGUCUCCCACAUUAGACCAAGUCACGGCCACUUACCCAGUGGCUGACACAUGAGGGCGCUCAAUAAAUAGUCCGUGAAUGAUUCUGGCGCUACAUCCAGGCCAGCAGGCGGUGGUAGGCACUGGGGACGCGCUCUGCAGAAAACGGAGUUAGCGUCCUGCUGCCCUAGGGUGAGAAAGGCGCGCCAGGGACUGGAAGCAAGUUCUGGGAGGCGGGAGACCACGGCGGCUCCCAUAGCAGGCCCCUGGGAGACGGUAGCUCCUGCAGAUGUGGGCGCCGAGUCCCCCGAGGGGCGCAACCCGCGCAUACUGGGGUCAGGGUCUGUUGGGGGAGGCGCCUUCGGGCCUUGGGAACUGGGUCCCGGAGCUGGUGUGGAGGCCGAAGUCCAGGUGUAGACCCGGGCAGCAGCGGGAGGGCAGGAGCGGGGAGCUCCGACGAGCGCCCCAUCGUCCAGAGCCGCGAAGUCGGCAGGGCGCGCUCUUCAGUUCGCCUGGAUGGGGAGGCCGCGUGCGGCGGGUUUGCGGAGCGCGCUCUCCGGGUCAGUCGGAGCGCGGUUUCAGAGCUCUGAAAACUUUGCCCAGCACGGUCUCCGGGGCCCGCGGCCAGCUUUGCCGAGGGCACCCUCCGGCGAUGGCGCGUGCGACAUGGCCGGCUGGGCUGGGCGCGCUCUCCCCGAAGGGGCGCGCGGUGGCCUGGUGGUCCUGCGCGCGGCCGACUUUGCGGAGCGCGGGGUCCAGAGCCGGAGGCGGCGUCCGCAGCCCCGCCUGCCAGGUCCGUUUCGAGCCCCGGGCGACUCCUCCCCUAGCCGCGUAGGGGCUUUUACUUUCGCUUUCGUUCGAGCGGCCGCACAUCCUCUCGGCGGAAGGACGGAGACGGGCGCCAGCUCUGGCCUCCCGGUCGCCGGAGAAACGAUGGCAGACAGUCAAGGCCAUAUUGCGGAGCAGGGGGCUGGGGACUCAGCCGGCAAUGACACAGUUGAUGCGAAGCCAGACCGGUCCUCUUUUGUCCCAUCACUCUUCAGGUAAAAGAAAAAUGACUCAGGGAAAUCGGCCAAGAACCCCCGGGACCGAGUGCCUACGUAUCAGUAUAACAUGAAUUUUGAGAAGUUUCUUCAGCUUGCAUUCAGACUUGUAGCAGAUGUUCCUCAGGAAGACACUGUGCCCACCUACUGUGGCAGACAGCCCCUCCUCUGGAAUGGGUGUCCGCGAGGGAACAGACAAAGACGCUGAGGCCCUUUUCAAGUGCUUCCGAAGCCUGGGUUUUGAUGUGACCGUCUAUAAUGACUGCUCUUGUGCCAGGAUGCAAGAUCUGCUGAAAAAAGCCUCCGAAGAGGACCACAGAAAUUCAGCCUGCUUUGCCUGCAUCUUGUUAAGCCAUGGAGAAGAAAAUUUAAUUUACGGCACAGACGGCAAGACAGCAAUAAAGGACUUGACAGCCCAUUUUAGGGGGGAUCGAUGCAAAACCCUGUUAGAGAAACCCAAACUCUUCUUCAUUCAGGCUUGCCGGGGGACAGAGCUUGAUGAUGGGAUCCAGGCCGACUCGGGGCCUAUCAAUGACACAGAUGCUAAUCCCCGAUAUAAGAUCCCAGUUGAAGCCGACUUUCUCUUCGCCUAUUCCACAGUUCCAGGCUAUUACUCAUGGAGGAACCCAGGGAGUGGCUCCUGGUUUGUGCAGGCCCUCUGCUCCAUCCUGAACGAGCACGGGAAAAGCCUGGAGAUCUUGCAGAUUCUCACCAGGGUGAAUGGCAGGGUGGCCAGGCACUUUGAAUCUCGUUCUAAUGACCCAUGCUUCCACGAGAAGAAGCAGAUCCCAUGUGUGGUCUCCAUGCUCACCAAGGAGCUCUACUUCUGAAGAUAACCAUUCCAGGGGCGCAUUCUAGCUUGAGAAGCUACGGAUCGUUUGUUGAUGAAUCAGAAUUUUUUUUUUUUUUUUUUUUGGAUGCUCUUGAAAGAUCCAGAAAUUCUAAAAGAUUUUAACUUCAGGAAAAUUGAUUCAACAGGAAACUUUCUGGUGCUGUCUUAUCGUCUCUGAAUUUUCAGAGACAUUUUUUUUUUAACAUUGUUAUCCAUUUGGUGACUUUCUCUUAAGAUUAAUUUUCUGUUUGUCUUUCUUUUUCCUUGUUGUCACACUUAGUACAUACAACAAAAAUGACCUCUGCAGAUGAGUGUUGGCUGUGUCCACCGUGAUUGGUGGUGACUUUGGUGGACCAUCAGAGUCAUAUUUGUACCUGGCAAAGAGAGUGCUUGACAAAAAACAGCCCAAGGGAUAUUCAUCUGCCUGUAUUGCAGAAAGUGGGUAUUGAAUGCGGUUUGAGUGAUCAUUUUCACUGGCUUACGGCGGAUUCCCGUGCAGAAAUUCCCAGAUAUGUUAGAGGGGGAAAAAAAUGUAAUGAUUCUAAUAUGUAGUAGUCAGGAUCCAGUCAGGAAAACAGAAACCAUUCUAAGUAUUUCAGUAGAGGGAAUUUAAUAGAGCAAAUGGACAUAACGUAGAUGAUGAAAGAGAAGAUAAAUGAAAGGAAGCUGUUACCACCUAGGGCUCUGAGGAGGUGUGGUUCCCUGAGUCCAGAAGCUAGGGUCAUACACAGGAGCUGCAAACAUGGUUGGGGGAUGGCUGGUAGGAGCUGGAACCACCUAGGAGUUGUGGGAAAUGAAGCCGUGGCAGGAACAAAGCCAUUGCCCGAGAUGGGGCCACACCAGAUGAGUCAGACGUGGCAACAUACCCGCCGGGCCUCACCUCUCCUUCUGCCUCUAGUCUUCCUCUAGCACCUUACCCUUCCAGCCCUACCUGGAAGCAAUCUGCCAAGGGCCCUGGAAAGUGUGAUUUCCUGCAAUACAGAGCAUAGCAAGGGAUAGUGAGGCAAAGGAGGAACAGAAAUAGAUAUGGGCCUGGCUCACAAUGUGAAUAGAAGGAAUCCUAUUCCCGAUGUUCAGUGAGUCAUCUGUUCAGUCAUUAAUUCAUUGAGUUGUCAGAUAAUCUAUGUAUUACCUGUUAUGUGCCAAAUCAUCUAUUUUAGCUUUAAAAAUCUGCCUGGAACUUUUUAGUUUAUUCCAAGCCUUAUUCUGGGUAAAUUUUUUGUUACCUCUAAUUCUCCAAAUGGGGGAAGGUUUAUGGCGAAGAUAUUUGCACUGUGUUUGCAAGGUGGUGUCCCCUUUUGAAUCCUUGAUACUUACUAUUGUACUCUGCCUGAUAACUUGUUAACAAACAAAUGUUUAUAUUU